AGACUGACUUUCCUCGCUAAGGAGCAAGUUAGCUUCUCCGCAUGCUAGGAGAGCUAGUUUAACUUUCACAGCGAUAUUCACACAGUAUAUUAUCACAAGGGGUGUGUAAAUGUAACAUUGCUGUGUUGAGACAUGUUUAAUAUAAAAGAUAAAAGACUUAUAAUCUUUAAACGACUUGAGGAUAUGUCUUACCUUUACCACACGACCCUUUAGCAAACAGAAGAAGUCAGGUGUCCUUCAGCAGAGGCCGCAAUGCUAAAGUCAUGAGGAAGUCCCGCCUACUGUCGCCAAUUCAAAUCUGUAAUAUCAUUGGUCCAAACCGAUGUCACUCAAACCAACACCCAAUGAAUGGCGGAGGAUGGUGCCAAUCAUUCUUCCUCGUCUCUGAUUGGACAGACAAAGAAACGCCCGGAUGAGUUUUGCUUCCGGGUUGUGAUCAUGGCGUGUUGCUGAACAACAUGUGAGUUUUGAGACCCGAAGACGGAGAAUCAAUAAGUCUGAAAGAGCAUCAAACAUGGCAUCUGUGGAGGAGGACUUCCCUCGAGGAGGGACAGCAAAGAAGUCCACUGAGAGUAAAAUAGUGGUGCAGAGGGCAGAAGUGGACAACUUGUUUCAGUCCAAUGAAAAAGCAGAAACUAAGAAAAGGAAGGGAGCGGUCAAAGAUGAUGGGAAGACACCAAAAAAGUUUAAGACAGAUAUAGGGAAAAAAGAUGGUCUGACACUGAACAAGGCCGUCAAAUGUGUGGAAAUUCUACAUAUCAAGAAUGUGAAGGAGGGUAUGCUGAUGCUGGGCUGUGUGAAGGAGGUGACAGACUUUGAGGUGACCGUAGGCCUUCCUUGUGGCCUGCAAGGCUUCCUCAGCAUCAACUACAUCUGUGACUCGUACGCCAAGUUGCUCAGUGAGCAACUGGACUCGGCUGACACUGAGGAAAUCUGCUCCCUGCCUCAUCUAUUCUACCCUGGCAUGGUGAUCAGGUGUGUGGUUGCAAGGUUGGAUAUAGCCAAAGGAGGCUCUCUCAGCAUUCAGCUGUCGAUCAAUCCAAAGCUGGUCAACAAGGCACACUCGUCAAGCUCUUUGAAGGCGGGCAUGGUUUUGAGUGGGUGUGUGGAAAGCGUUGAGGAUCACGGCUACAUAGUCGACAUUGGCAUAAGUGGAACCAAAGCCUUCCUGCCCAAGAAACCUCUGACAGACAUUCACAGCAGCUCAGAAGAGCUGAAAGUGGGUCAGUAUUUGACUCCUCAUGUGGAGGAGGUGAAAAACGAGGGCCGUGUGGUUCGCCUCUCUGUCAGCCCUUUGAGUAUCGCCCAGGCCUGCAUUGACCCUGCACAGGGCUGGAACCUCACCAACCUCCUGCCUGGUCUUCUGGUUAAAGCCACCAUCAAAAAGGUGACAAAACAUGGUCUUCUCCUGGACUUCCUGUCCUCCUUCAGUGGCCAUGUGGACUUCCUCCACAUGGAGCCAUACAAGGCAUCCAGCUAUGUUGAGGGAGCUGAGGUGCACGCCUGUGUGCUGUAUGUGGAGCCAUCUACCCGCCUCAUAGGCUUGAGUCUGCGCAGCUACCUUGUGCAGCCCGGGGCUGUAGUUGAACACUCUCCUGCUGGAGGAGAUCGUAUCGGUGAGGUGGUGAAAGACUGCAAGAUGACCAGCAUGCACUUCACGUCUGGAGCCGUGCUGGAACUGCCGGGCAAAACUUUGGCCUUUGUGCAUAGGAACCAUCUAAAGGAAUCUAAUGCUCCUGCUAAUGAGAACAGAGUGAUGGCCAUGUCUGAGCACACCUGCAGGAUACUGGACUUCAGCCCCAUGGACCAGAUUCAUUUUGCCAGUCUACGCGGGAGUGUCAUUACGAGGCCGUUCUUUAGAUAUCAUGAUAUUAAGGUCGGCCAGGUUGUAGAGGGGACCGUGUCAGUCCUGCUGAAUCACGGCAUGAUGGUGCAUCUGUCCGACCACAUUAAGGGCCUUGUCCCUCGGACUCACCUGUCCGAUAUCCUCCUCAAGAACCCAGAGAAGAAGUUCACAGAGGGCAUGAAGAUCAAAUGUCGGGUGUUGUCAGUUGAUGUGGAGACUAAGAAGCUGUACCUGACCAGGAAGAAGGCGUUGAUUGACAGCUCCCUGCCGCUGUUCCUCAGCUACGAGGAUACUCGUCCUGGUCGCGUGUCCCACGGCUACAUUGUCUGCAUUAAAGACUUUGGCUGCAUCGUUCGCUUCUACAACAACGUCAAGGGACUGGUGCCGCUCAGGGAGCUCAGCUCGGAGCCCAUCACCAGUCCUGAGGAGAUAUUCUAUGUGGGCCAGGUGGUAAAGACUAAAGUCCUCCAGUGUGACCCUGACAAGGCGAAGAUGGUUCUGUCGUUUAAGGCUGCGGUGGAAGGAGACACAGAAGAAGCAGCCAAGCCACAGAUUGACUGUGAAGUCGGACAGAGGAUGGAGGCCAGGGUAGUGAAGAAGUCCCUUAAAGGUCUGGAGGUGGCAAUCCUGCCUGAUGAGUUCCGCGCCUUACUUCCCACAAUGCACCUUUCGGAUCACAUGUCCAUCUGCCCUCUGCUGUGGGAGACCCUGAAGGAAGGGGACAGCAUCUCCAACCUGGUCUGCUGCAGCAAAAACAAGCAGAAUAUUACUGUCACCAAGAAACCCACAGUGAAGUGGUCUCUGGAGGAAGGAGUGGUUGCCAAAGACUUCUCUGAAAUCACAGUGGGAAUGCAGCUAAUUGGCUGGAUUAAGAACAUGAUGUCCUACGGUGUCUUUGUGGAGUUUCCAUAUGGCCUUGUUGGUCUUUCACCAAAGUCUGCCAUGACUGACAAGUUCAUCAGCGACGCCACCACUGCCUUCCAGAUGGGCCAGACUGUCAUAGCUAAAGUAACCAACCUGGACGAGGAGAAGCAGCGUUUCCUGGUCACGCUGAAGAUUUCCGAGGUCAUGUCACCCGAAGGAAGUGCCCAGACCAGACUCAUUAAUGGUCUGCAGGAGAGGAAAACUCUAACUGACAUGUUAGCUACGAGAGAUAACAGUGAUCUCCGCCAGCAGCUGGCUGCUCUGUCUGUGGGUGAGAAGCUGAAGCUGACUGUAGACACGGUGGCGGCCAGUGGAGCCACCUUUAAAUCAGACAAUCUGAUUGGUGCUUCUGUUACAGCCACCAAGUACCAAGUCAUGGGCGUUAACUUGACCCAGGGUCAGAAAGUUACUGCGGUCGUCCUCCAUGCCGACAUCCUGUCCUCAUGUGUCCACGUGUCAGUCCUCCCCAAGCUGGUGGCAAAGAAGAAAUCUUUAACCGAAGGCUCAAAGUACACAGGGAUGGUGCAGCACGUCGACAAAGAUUUCGCUGCCAUCUCAUUGGAUGAUACGGCCCAGAUGACUGUGAUCCAAACCACCAGUCACCUGAAUGAGAUAUGUCGGUCUGAGUCGGAGAAGCUGAGGGCCGGAAUGAGUUUGGCCGUUGAGGUUAUAGAGCCCAGCUGUCAGGAGAUACAAGGGCUCCCUCUAGUGGCGUGGACGCGCAGUGUACCAAAUAGACAGCGCGCAGCCUCAGAGACCCAGUCCGGCACUAAAGGUUACAGGUUUGGUGAUAUUGUGAAGGGCAAAGUGAAGACUGUGAAGCCUACUUCCAUUCAGGUCACACUGGAUGAUGGGGGCACUGGCAGCGUGCACGUGUCAGAGGUCCUGGAACUUUCUGCAGUUUUACAGGGGACCUUUCCAACAUCCUCUGUCAAAGUGGGCAGCGCGGUGACCGCCAGGGUGAUCGGAGGACGAGAGGCUAACAGUCACAGAUUCUUGCCCUUCUCCCAUCCCAAGUAUGCUUAUACCAUCGCUGAGCUCACACUUGUACCCAGCAAACUGGAUAAGAAAAAAGAUUUCAAACCGCACACAGCAAAAGAAAGACUUCAGAGUUAUAAGGUCGGGAAGGAAAUUGCAUGCUUUGUAUCAAAGUUUCAUCCGGAGAAGAAGUCUUUGGAGGUCACCACUGAUCCGGGUGUCACUGGGACAGUUGAACUGCUGGCCAUGAUCACAGAUCCAAAAGACGCUGGCCAUCCAGAGAAACUCUACAAACUGGGCAGCGCAGUGUUAGCCAAGGUGGUGGAAGUGAGCUCUAGUCCUCAACGCUUUGUGCUGUCACUCACAGGAGUCCAUAAACUGGAGGAAGGCAGUGUCACUUUGGGGAUGGUGACAAGUGUUCAGCCACAGGUUGGCCUUCAUGUCAAACUUCCAUUUGGCAGCACGGGCAUCGUUUCUGUCACUGACCUGGCUGAUGCGUACAAACCCAACCCCCUCGACCGUUUCAGCAAGGAUCAGCUGCACAGGUUCUCCCUUCUUUCAUAUGAAAAUGGAAGGUGGCUUCUGUCACUACGUCCAUCAAGGCUAAACUCAGAGCAGGCCAAGCCAGCAAAGGACCCGGAGGUUCUGUCUUUGGACAACCUGCAGGAAGGUCAGAUCAUCAGAGGCUACGUCAAGUCUGUGGGAGAGCAAGGUGUCUUCAUCAGACUGUCAGGGAGCAUCACAGGAAGAGCCCAACUUCAGCAGUCCACAACAUACUUCGUCAAGAACCACGAGGUCCUUUCCAAGCAUCUGCCUCCAAACACACUGCUCACUGUCAAGAUCCUCAGUAUUGACAAAGAGGAGGAGCUGGUCAACCUGUCUCUGCUCCCAGUGGACACUGGGAAGCCAGACGUCCUUCCAGAGUCUCUCGGUCUGCCUCUGCGUUUGGUCGGAGAGGAGAAGAAGAAACACGAUUUGUUAAAGAAAAAGACCAAACGCGCGCUGUCUGAGAGUGAAAAGAAACAAGCCGAGGCUGAAGUCCCAAAGAAGAAGAAGAAAAACAAAAAAGGAAAGACUGAUGACAGUGACAGUGGGGUGGAGGUGUACUUCAGAGAAGAGGAAGACAAAGAAGAUGAAGAGAAUCCCAAAUCUGAUUCUGUGAAACAGGUCACUCAGAGCUCAGCAGGUCCUACCAGACUUCAGGUGGCAGCAGGUUUCUCCUGGGAUGUGGGUCUGAGCUCCUUGAAGCCUGCCUCUGCUGUGCAGGAAGGUGACUCAAGUGACGGAGAGGACCAGGAAGGAAGCGUCAAGCCUCAGAAGAAGUCUCGCCAUGAGCUGGAGCAGGAGAAGAAGGCAGCAGAGAAGGCCCUGGUGCAGAGGGAGGUGGAGCUGAUGGAUCCUAGCCUGCGACCUCAGGAUGCAGCAGCGUUUGAGCGCCUGCUUCUUGCUUCACCAAACAGCUCCCUGCUUUGGCUCCAGUACAUGGCUCACCACCUGCAGGCCACUCAGAUCGAGCAGGCUCGUGCUGUGGCUGAAAGGGCCCUUAAAACGAUCUCCUUCAGAGAGGAGCAGGAGAAGCUGAAUGUGUGGGUUGCACUAUUGAACUUGGAGAACAUGUACGGCACAGAGGAGAGCCUGAAGAAAGUGUUUGAGCGGGCACUACAGUUCUGUGAGCCCAUGCCCGUCUAUCAGCAGCUGGCAGACAUCUACGCAAAGUCUGACAAGAUCAAAGAGGCGGAGAGCUUGUACAAGACGAUGGUGAAGCGUUUCCGUCAGAAUAAGGCAGUGUGGCUGAGCUACGGUACCUUCCUGCUCCAGCAGGGCCAGAGUGAAGCUGCCAAUGCUCUCCUGCAGAGGGCACUGAAGAGUCUGCCCUCCAAAGAGAGUGUAGAUGUGAUCGCAAAGUUCGCUCAGCUUGAAUUCCGUUAUGGGGAUGCAGAGAAAGGUCGCACCAUGUUUGACAAAGUCCUUACAAGCUACCCUAAACGCACAGACCUCUGGUCUGUCUUCAUUGACCUUAUGGUCAAACAUGGAACACAGAAGGAUGUCAGGGCGCUCUUUGAUCGAGUGAUUCACCUGAGUGUUGCAGUGAAAAAGAUCAAGUUCUUCUUCAAGCGCUACCUGGAGUACGAGAAGAAGCACGGCACCCCGCAGAGCAUCCAGGCAGUAAAAGAGAAGGCCAUGGAGUUUGUUGAAGCUAGAGGAACAGAGGCUGCCAGCUAAUGAACGAAUACACACAAUGAUACAGAAUGUAUGUAUGUGUGAGGACUGCAGUGUGCUGAAAUGGAUCUGAGCCUCAACUUUUGAAGGAAAAUGUUGUGGUUCCAGGUGCUUGCACAGGUUUCUCCACAAAGUGAUCAACUCUUUACUUUGUAACUUAGCUUUUUUUUAUUGGUGUGGUUUGGGGACCGGAGAUGUCAAGUGAACCAUGUCAAGUGGGCUGUAAUCUUCUAUAAAUGUCAAAAUUAAACCAGGAUUUCACAUUUCAUCCAUUAUACUUAUAUGCAUAUUUUGUAAUAGAAAAAGUGUGAGCUUAAAAUAAGCGAUGUGAUGUUUUUAACUAUAAUGCAAUUUUGAAUGGAUUUAUGAAAGGUUCCUAUACACAUUUUGGAGGACUUGAUAUAAUUCUUACCAGCCUUUCAAUAAAUCCAAACACCAUUACAAUA